AUGCGUCUGCUUGUUCUGCUCCUCACAAUUGUCUUCGCUGUUGUCUGUGAUAAAUGGAGCGAAUGCGAUACAUGUAUGUUUUCUGUGAACACCUUUAUGGAUUUUCCCGAACGUGGCGGUAAAAUGCGAAAAAGAGAUAAAUUGAAGAAAGUCUGUGAAUUUGUCGAAAUACAAAUAGGAGAUCCGAAACAUGUGAAAUUGUGCAACAAAGUGCUUAGAGAAGUUAUUGCUAGUAAAUCAAUCUUCCGUAAAAUGCAGGCAUCCAAGUUGAAGAAUCAUGGAGAUAUGAAGCCUUUCUGUGCUGAAGGACUGUCGAAAUCGUAUUGUGAAAUAGAGGAAGAUGAGGAUGAGGAAUAG